CUGGCUGGUUUCUUUUUGUAAAAAAAGCAGUGGACAAUGUCAUCUUCUGAUGAAAGUGGUUCUGACGUUAUUGAAGAUUUGGGCGAAUAUGUGGGCGAGAGAAACGAAGCGGGAGAGAGGCACGGUGUUGGUAAGGCUCAAUUAAAGAAUGGUGACAUAUAUGAUGGUAGUUACAAGUAUGGAAGAAGAGAUGGUCCGGGUAUGUAUUUCUUCAUCGCAAACAAUGCAAAAUACGACGGCACUUACAAGGAGGGUGAAAGGCAUGGUCAUGGCACGAUGAUAUAUCCUGAUGGCAGUAAAUACGAAGGUACAUGGGAUCAUAACAAACGCCAGGGGUAUGGGAUAUAUCACUACGCUAACGGCGAUAAAUAUGAGGGAGAAUGGUUAAACGAUCAGAAACAUGGUCAAGGAGUAUAUGACUACAGACAUGCCCAGACGAAGUUCACGGGGAUGUGGAAUAUGGGUAAACAAGAAGGCAUGGGAACUGUCGAAUACCCACAAAUGAAAUUUCGAGGAUUUUUUCAUAUUGGAUAUCCAAUUGGCAUUGGAAAGUUCGUGUUUAAUCGUGGUUAUGAGCAAAAAGGCAUCUACAUCACAGAGGAACAUGAGAGGAUCGUUGACAGCGAUAUCGUGACAGAGAAGACGUCACAUUGGACAUCCGAUGGUGGUAUCGUUGAGACUCAAACUGGACGAGAACCGUUUACUGCAGAGCCGGUAGUGCCGAAUAAGCCUUCUUCACCGACAUGA